AUGGUCGCCGCAAAGAAGCACGUCCCGAUCGUGAAGAAGCGCACGGCGCGCUUCAACCGCCACCAAUCUGACCGCUUCAAGUGCGUCGACCCUAGCUGGAGAAAGCCAAAGGGUAUCGACAACUGCGUCCGGAGGCGCUUCAGCGGUCAGGCUGCUAUGCCAAAGGUGCGUUCGACACCCGCAAACCGAGAAAGAGAGGGAAUGAAUUCGAGACACGAGGACAUAAGGACUAGAAUAUGAAAGACGGUGGACCUCGGAGCAGCAGUGCUGACGGAGAGAUUUAAUACAGAUCGGCUACGGUAGCAACAAGAAGACCCGCCACAUGAUGCCCUCCGGCCACAAGGCUUUCCUCGUCAACAACGUCCGCGACUUGGACCUUCUCCUCAUGCACAACAAGACCUACGCCGCAGAGUGAGUGGACGGAACAUCUUGCAUACGGAGAGAGAUACAUACUGAUCGGAACGCUGCAGGAUCGCUCACGCCGUCUCCUCGAGAAAGCGAAUAGAAAUUGUUGCACGUGCCAAGCAGCUCGGCGUCAAGGUGACGAACGGCAAGGCCAAGCUCUCGACCGAGUCGUAG